AUGGAGGUCGAGAAGCCAGACACCACCUCGCCCCCCGCAACCGAAUCGCCCAGUGCGGGCGCUGUCACUCCAGCCGCGGCAGAGCCCGCCGAGCCGACUGCGGCCGACGUCGCACCGCCCUCGGCGGGUGCAGUUACCGAACCAGUGGCGAGCCGCAACGACACUCCCGACGAACCUGCCGCCGGCGCCGCCGAGGGAGCCGUUGGUGACGCGGCCCAAGGCAAAGGGGCUGUGGCGGUGCCAGCGGAAGAGGGAGCCCGGGCGGAAGUGACGAAGGAGAGCAGCGAACACGCGGCGGGCCUGAACGGCGGCACGGCCGGGGAAGCGGCGGCCAAGGAGGAGGAGAAGGAGAAGGAGGAGGCCGCAGUCUCGCCGGUGGCAAAGGAGUCUGCCGCCGGCAAGCCGGACGAGGACGAUCAGGCAGUGGCGAGUGCGAUGGACACCGCUGAGGGACACGACGCGCAGAAAGAAGGAGCGAAGGAGGAGGAGGAGACAAAGGAGGAGGAGGAGGAGGAGGAGGAGGGGGAGGCGACAGAAACGCCGAUGGCGGAGGCGGAGGAGGAAAAGGAGGGAGGCGCGGGGGAGGCGGAGAAGCGGGACCAGGUGGAGGCGACUGCGGACGUCCGCAAGCGCGACGCGACGAAGGAGGAAAGCGAAACGAAGGAGGAGGCGGAGGCGGACAAGAUGGAAGAGGAAGAGACGAAGGAAAAGGAGGAGAAGCCGGAAGCAGCGGCGGCCGAGGAGGAAGAGACGAAGCCGGCGGCCACGGAAAAGCGAAAACGCAAGCAGGCCGCGCCGCAACAGUCUCAGAAGAGGAAGCGGACGAAGAAGGAGGACGACGACGACGGCAACGAAGAAGAAGAAGAAGCGGGAGAGGGAGAGGGAAAAGAGGACGAGGAUGAAGGAGACGAUGAUGAUGAUGGCGGGGAUGACGACUACGGCGGCGGCGGCGGCGGCGACGACGAGGACGAGGACGAAGAUGAGGAAGUGGGCGAGACGACGACGAAGAAGAAACCGGCGACAAAGAAGAGGAAGCAGGCUGCGCCCCGGCGGAGUAGCCGUGGCCGAGGAAAGAAGAGCCUUGGCGACGACGACGACGACGAGGAAGAAGAGAACGGGGACGAGGGGGCGAUCGUGAAGAAGGAGAGGAGGCAGAAGAAGAGGGAGGACAAGAAGCACAAGCAAAUCGAGCAGGAGGACAAGGAAGGCGAUAACGACGAUGAUGACGAAGACGAUGAAGACGACGAGGACGCGAAGCCCGACCUGAGCGAAGAGUUCGAGAACCUGGCGCGGAAUCCCGAGAUCAAGCUGGGCAAGCGGCGCGUGAAGGCGCCCAAGCGAUUCUGGGACCUCGACGAGUACGAGCCCAUCCCUAAGAUGGCCCGCGCUCCACCCAAGCGAAAGAGCGUCGACAAGGACACAUCGGACGCGGUCGUCAAUGGAGGGGACGGUGAAAAGAAGGCGGCGAAGCCGAAGGCGACGUCACAGGGCAGCCAGACCUGCGAGGUGUGUGGCAAGGAGUUCGCCAGCAGCCGCGGCCUGAACGCCCACUCGAGGAUACACAAGAAGAAGGGCGCCGGCAAUGAGGCGGGACCCGUCGACAGGGUGCAGCAGCCGCCAAGGAAGGAGGCCAAGAAGGAGGCCAGGGGCGAGACCAGGAAGGCGGCCACGCCCAAGAAGGAGGCCAAGCGCGAGAGACGACCGAGCGUCGCGCUGAGCGAGGAGGAGCUCAGCUUCCUCGACGAGGAGGACGACGACGACGACGAGGGGGAGAAUGACGACGAGGAGUACCGCGAUUCCGACGCCCAAGCGGGCAGCGCAACGAGAAGCACGCGCAGUAGCACCCGCGGCAGCGGCCCUGGUCGAACCAGCAGCAGCACCACCACCAGCAGUAGUGGCGGCGGCGUCACGCGUUUGCGUUCCCGCAGCGGCAGCUCGCGCGUGAGCACCAGCAGCAGCAGCGCCAGCGGCAACAAGAAGCGGAAGCAGAACAGUCCGUCGGACGACGACGAGUACCUGCCGCCCGACCUGGCCGACAAGAAGCAGAAGGAGGAAGAGUCCGACAAGCACUUGCGGGAGAAGGAGCGGCAGAUCGAGGACGAGCUGCGUCGGCGCGAGGAGAGCAGGCUGCGCCAGGCCGUCCCGCCGCCGACCACGAGCUUCCCCCUGCACGCCCCCGCGAUGCCCACCUCGAGCCUGCCGCCGCCGCUGCCCACCGGCGGGUCGGCCGCUUCCGCGCUCCCGUCGUCCGUGCACUCGCCGCUGCCCACGCACUCGCCCGUCAUGUCGAGCUACGCGCGGCCCCUGUCGCCACACCACCUCUACAGCGCGCCGCCGCCGCACGGCACCGGCUCGUCCCCGCUUCCCUCCCUGUCGGCCUACCCCGCGGCCUCCUACACGCAAUACGCGCUCCAGCAGGUGCCGCCUUCGGCCUACCCACCGCAGCUGCGGCACCUGACCUCGACGCUCCCGCCGCCCACGUUGCACUCGCCCGUGCUGUCCUCGCCGCAGUUCUCGGCCUACGCGCCCCAGCAGCCAUCGGCGCAGCAGCAGCACCACCAACAGCAGCAGCAGAAGCACCAACAGCAGCUACACCAGCAGGCCUCGAUGUACGCGUCGUACUCGUCGCCCGGCCUCGCGUCGAUGCAAUCCCACUUCUCGAGCUUCCCGCAGCACCCGCAGCAGCCUUCACAUCAACUGCAGCACCACCACCAACUGCAGCAGCUCCACCAGCAGCAGCAGCAGCUCCACCACCACCAACUACAGCAGCAGCACCAGCAACAACAACAACACCACCAGCAGCAGCAGCAGCAGCAGCAACAACAACAACAGCACUUUCCGUCGCCCCACGCUCUCGCUGGCGCCUACGGAUCACAUCACCUCCCGCCGCUGGCUGCCAGCUACCCGCAUUUGGCCCAGAUGAGCAGCAGCGCACCACUCGAAUCGCCGGCGCAGAGGCUCAUGGAAGAGGAGAGGCUCAGGUGGCGCGGCAGUCCCUCCAAGACCGAGGAGUAA